CCUAGUAAUCCGUGGUGAAAAGGAUGAACAAGCAGUGUUGUGCAGCAAAGAUAAAACUUACGACAUGAAAAUAGCAGAUACCUCAAAUAUGCUGCUGUUUAUUCCUGAUUGCAAAACUCCAGAACAGUUGAAUGCAGAUCAAGAAUCUUGUAAUAUUAUUCAUUCGCAGAUUGCUGGCUUCUCCAAUAACUAUUGGGAAUUAAGGAGAUGUCGACCGAAACUGAAGAAACUGAGGAAGCUUUUAAUGGAAGAUCCAUAUGAAGGGCCAGAUAGUCAGAAAGACCAGAGUUUGACAUUUCCGAAGUAUACAACAGAAGAUUUGUUAAGUCUGAUUCAAGCAAGCGAAGAAGAAAUACUGCACCAAUUGCAGAUUAUAAAUGCCUGCAAAAUUGAAGGAUUUUGGAGAAUUCUAGAAUUUGACUAUGAGACGAAGCUCUUGAAUCACGUGACUCAGCUAAUAGACUCAGAGUCCUGGUCUUUAAGCAAGGUUCCUUUACGUACCUGCCUGGAGGAACUUGGACCUCUAGAGCCCACAGAGAUGAUAGAACAUAUUCUUUUAAGCUAUGGAAGGAAAUACAUUGAUGAUGGGGAGGUUUACUUUGAAAUGCAUGAGGAUAAAAUAUGCAGAGCUAUAGCACAAAUGCUUUUGCAAAAUGCUGUUAAAUUCAAUCUGUCAGAGUUUCAAGAAGUCUGGCAACAAAGUGUCCCUGAAGGGAUGACAACGCGGCUUGAUCAGCUUCAGGGCUUGGCUCUUGUGGAUAAAAGCUCAAGACCAGAGACCAUCUUUCUGCUGAAAGUAGAAGACUUACCUGAAGACAAUCAGGAAAGAUUCAACAGCUUAUUCAGCAUACGGGAAAAGUGGACAGAAGUGGAUAUCACCCCUUAUAUACAAGACUUAUGUGCCGAGAAGCAGACAGUCGGUGCUCUUCUGACAAAAUACGCUCGCUCCUCAAUGCAGAAUGGCGUUAAAGUUUAUAAUUCUAGAAGACCCAUCUCAUAA